AAUGCUGGUAGAAGUGGAAUAUUUUUUAAUAGUUCAAAUGAACUUCUUUUUCAUAGCAAAAAAUAUAGUAAAAUCAUUAUUAUCAACCCUUUUUUGUAGAUGUCACUAUUAUUAUUCAAAAUAUUAUAUAAUUAAUUCACGUCAACAUAUAUUCGAUGAUUUGUUUUUACAGUCCCUUCAUACAUGAUAGCGGGAAUCAGCUGUUCUUGCUCGGUCAUUUCGUAAUUAGGAGUUUGUAUAUCUCCACACGUGAUAAUAUCAGUAGAUUUUAAUGUAUAACGAUAUAGCGAUGUGAAAAAUAUAAUAGAAUUUCUUAAUUUAUAGUUUGAAUUUGACUGAUACACUGAAAAUAAAAAUGGUUCGAAAUUACAUUAAAAAAGGGUUAAGACAAACAUGGGCAGAUGAUUCAAUGAGGACAGCUUUUGAAGUUUUAAUCAAAAAAGCUUAUAGUAUUAAGAGAGCAUCUGCUAUUUAUAAAGUUCCUCAUGCAACCUUUUCAAGAAAAGUUAAUCAGUGUCGUCUCGAUCCUGAAAGACAAAAUGAGUUGCUAGCUAAUCCUAAAUCAAUAAACAUUUAAAGAGUAUUUAAUAAAGAGCAAGAAAAUACUUUAUGUAAAUACAUUAGUGAACUGGAAAAUGCCAUAGUUGGGGUGAUAGGUAUAGACGUUAGACGCUUGGCUUUUCAAUUUGCUGAGAAGUUCAAUAUUCCUCAUCGAUUCAAAAAAGACAAUGGAUUAGCUGGUGAAGAUUGGUACAAAGGAUUCAUAAAAAGAAACCCUUGUACAAAAGUAAAGAGAGGUGAAACAUCCUAUGAAAAGAGUAAAGUAUUCAGCAAGGAAAAAGUGUACAAAUUCUUUGACUCUAGAAAGUUUUUUAAAUAAAUACAACUUAAAGCCUAGUGAUUUAUAUAUUCUUGAUGAAACUGUUAUAAAAUGCUCAACUCAAUCAGUGCAAUACUUUGGAAAAAGUAUUGAAUCUAAUGAAAGUCAGGACAAGUUAAUUACAGCUGUGGUUUCUUUUUUAGCUAGUGGAGCUUAUGUACCAUUGUUGAUGAUAUUUCCUGAUAUAGUGAAAAAUAAACCUUUGAUCCAUGGUGCACCUCCUACAGCAUGGGCACUUGUUAAUUCAUGUGGACAAUUACAGCUAGAUAUUUUUAUCAGAUGGCUUCACAAAUUUAUAGAUUUAAAAAAACCUAUAAAAUCUAAACCUACACUCAUACUUGUUCAUGGAUAUCAUUUGUAUCUAAAGAACUUAGAUGUACUUGAAAUAAUGACAGAAAAUGGAGUUUAUAUGUUCUGUUUGCCUCCUAAUCGUAGCAACAAACUACAACCUUCAAGAUACAGUUUUAUGGAUGUUCUUGGUACAGCUUAUAAAAAUGAAGUGACAAACUGGACAAUGAACUGUGCAGGGCAAUCUGUUUCUGUUGAUGAAGUAUUCAAGUUUUUUGGCAAUGCUUUUAGGAAAGUUUCAACAGUACUUACUGCUAACAGCAGCUUUGCAAGUACUGGAAUUUGGUCUUGUAAUAGAAAUUUAUUUAAACAUGAAUUUAUUUGAACUAUUUAAAAUCCAACUUCUAAGGUGAAUUGUAAAAUAGCUUUAAAUAUGACAGAAGUUUGUUUACUUGUUCAAGUUUUAUGUAGCUAUAUAGUAUUUAUUUGCAAAUGUACAAUCUUUAUUUAAAUCUGUCAUAAAUGAAGAAUAUCAAAUAAUUCAAACUAAUGUAUUUAUUUUGAAUAUUGCUAUAAAUGAUUUGCAAGAAUUGAUGAUUUUAUAAAAUAUUAUUCAAUUAUAUAAACUUCAAAAAACAAAUAAAGUAGAUAAAUCUUGUAAGCAUUCUAUACAACUGAACAUUUUCUAUUAAUUCAGGUAUAAUGAUAGUGCCAUAAAAUAUAAAUAGAUGUAUCUUUAAUAUAAUUCAAAAAAUUUUUCUAAUUAAUGCAAAAUAAAUCAUUGUAGUAUGUAAUGCAUCCAAAUAAUAAGUAGACAAGCAAAAGUUCUAUAUUGUCACCUCUAAAAGCUCAAUUUAAUGAAGUUUAACUAAAAGAUUUGGAAUUUUUCGUACAAAGCCAAAAGAAACUUUUUAUAUUCCUCCCUACAAGUUGUAAUUGUCAAAGAUUAUAAAUUACUUGAUUAUCUUAUUUAUGAUAAUGUCAUAAAUAUAGAUGAUUACAUUAGUAUAUUUUUAAUUAAGAAUUAAUACAGAUUGAUUAAUCUGAAAAAUUGAUAAAAAAAUUAUUUAAGA